AUGCAAUCUAAAAAUUAUAAUGUAGCAGGCGGAAGAAUCGAAGCAAGAAACAGCUCUCCAGUAUCCCAUAUAUUCCGAAAAAGAAGUGGCACAGCCGGUAUUCGAGGUCAACUCUAUGAAACAAAGUUACUUACUCUUAUUUUACACCGACUUUUGAAUGAUGAUACUAUUGAGGAAUUUGUAAUAGGAACUAAUAUCGAAGGCUUAGGUGCAUUGGAUGAUAUAGUGUUAAGAUACAAAAGGAAAUGCUCACGGAAAUCAAAGAUAAUAUUCUUACAAGCAAAACAUAAAGAUGACCGCACUAAAAAUAAGUUGACUAUCGAUAGCAUCUUUAAAAAAGAUGGUGACUUUAGUUUUCAAAAGUAUUUCGAAAGCUAUUUAAAAAUAAAACAAAUCCUCCUUAAUGAUGAUAACAGCGUAAUGUUUCGGGGCCCAAAAGAAGAUAUUGAGGUCGAAUUUAUUAUUUUUACCCCCGCUAAAGAAAAUAUUCCCGAAAAUAAAUUAUCUAAAUCUGUGGACUUCGAAAGUGUUAUUAAAACUGAAGAAAGUGUAUUUCAAUUAAAAUGUGAUAAUGAAGAAGUGGAAUAUUUGUUGGAAGGUAUCAGAAAAUCGCGAGUUUCUUUAUUGGCAAAAAGUGUAGCAAAUUUUAUUAAAAAAAAAAAUUAUAAAAAGGUAAUGGACUGUUGUAUUAUUAAAGAAUACCAUGUUUUUCUGUCACUAAAUAUAAUAUCUAUAGAGGAUGAAAAAAUUAUUAAAUCUAGUGAUUCAUCUUCGAUAGACACAGAAAACUCUUAUUACACGGGUAAAUUUAGUCAUUCUUUUUUGAAAAGUAAAGAUGACUACUUAACGUUAAUGAAACAGGUGCUACGUAAUGAAUUGAGAGAUAUUAAAGAUGCUGUUGAACAACAAGAGGAAGAUAUAUUGGAAACCUAUCGUUUUGAACUACCUAUCGACUUUGGUAAUCGAAUUUUUCGUUUUAACGGAAACAAAAGAAAACAAGAAAAAAGACUAAAUCACAUGUGUUUCAUAUUUCGCAUGUUGUUACAAUGUGAUGACGAACAAGAUUCUAAGAUUAAACUAGAUAACAGUUCCAUCGGAUCACAUAAAAUUAUUCAAAGAGAAUGGUUAGAAAAGCAUUGGCUUGGAGGAUUAGUCGGUAAUUUACUAAUUAAUGAUGGUGAAACUGAAAUACUAAAGUUUAAUUUAGUAGAGGAAAGUUUAUCGACGGAUAACAUAAACAUUUUAAGGUAUUUAAAAAAACAUUAUAAUCUCAGUAAGUUCCGAUUUAAUAUAAACAUUGACGGCUUCCCAAAACCAACUUUGUUUUCUACAAAUCAUGAUCGGGAAUUAGUAAGACACUUCCUAGGUGCACUUAAAUUUUAUGCUAAUCAGGCCCAAGAAAAUGAGGUGGAAGAAAUAAUAAAAAAUGAAAUCAAGGUAUGUUAUUUACCACAUAACCUACAAAAUUCUCUCUUUCUCGCAAAAAAUGAUCUAAUAUACUUAAAGGUUCAUGAUGAAAUACAGAAGUGGUGGAAGAAGACACCCUCUGCUUCUUACUUGACGGAAACCUGCACUUACUACAAACAAGCAGAACAGGAAAUACUAAAAACUCAUCUCAUAAAUUUCAUUAAUUUUAUAUUUAAAAAAGAAUUGCAACAUAUGUGUAUAGAAUUUGAUUCUGAAGCCAUCAGCUCUCUGCCAUUAGAUGGGUUCUUAAAGAACCAAGAAAAAGUAUUGAUUAUACUUUCGGAUGAGAUUCAUUUCUCAAGCAGAAAAGUGAUACAGUAUUUUGAUAACAUUAUUGCUCCACAUGAUUGUAUUUGUAUACAUUUGGAUUCUAUGCUUAUUAAAAGUUCAUUAGACACUCUACAACACGAGAUACAGCUCGCAACAAAUCCUGUAUUGAUAUUGACUACCCAAGACCAUAACGAUAUUACUAACCAUUGCAAAACAAUGGAAAAAUUCAUAACAUUAUUCAAUGGUCAAAUUAUAAUAAUAGCUGAUAGUCGCUUUGAGCAGAACUUAAUAGCAAUAUUCAAUGUUGUUCCUGAUAUCUACAAAGACAGUAAAAACAAUUUCAAUGAUUUAUCCUGUAACAUUCGAAACACCAUUCUUGAGAGUAAAGUCAUAUUUCAAGGAGUAGAUGUGACUGUUGAUACUGUGUUUGAUAAUGCCUCUCUAAAUGUUUUCAGUCCACAAUUACUUCAACAGAUAAUUUACAAUAAAUCUAUAGAAUUAGGGCAAUCGUUAAAUAAUACGGUGUAUUGUAAAACCACAGAUUUUUUCGUAGACCGACACCUAUGUCGAUAUAUAACACUGAAUAUAAAUAAACACAAGGAUACAUUUUGGUACUUAGAAGACGAAAAGCCCAAGAACAUGGUACUACAGAAAGGAAAAGAUAUAGUAAUAAAUACAGAAUCAGAGAGUAUGUUUCAGAAAAUUUGCGAAAGUUAUAAUAAAUCCAAUGUCCACUGGUUUAGAAGAAGAAAUGGACAUACGAACUUAAUUUGGAAAAAAACAAGAGGAAGUCUGCAAACCUUGAUUAAAUACGUUAAAAAUGAUUUACACAAAGAUUUUAUGUUACAUACUAAGACAUUAAAUAAUAUACAGGACAAAAUAGUAAUUAUCAGUUCCGGUCCUGGUAUGGGAAAAUCGACACUAUUAAGUCACCUAGCAAUGGAAACAAAACGACUGCAUCCAAAUCUUUGGAUAAUAAACGUAAAUUUGCUUGAUAAUAUUAAUCAACUAAGCAAAUGGAAAGAUGAAAAGACAAAUAUUGAUUUGAUAGAAGCUUUUAAAUUUCUAUGCAGUUUAACGAUUAAUACCAAACUUUUGGUAAAUAGUGAUGACUUUGAGAUGAAGAUGAAUGAAGAUGCUGAAUUUUCUAAGUUAAUCUCUGUAAACGGUGACCAGAUAUUUUUCUCUAACCCCGAGAACAAGAGCUUUCCAGGUACAGACUUCUCUGAGCGGAAGUUACUCAUUCAUUUUUACAAUAACAACAGUUUGGCUGUACUUGUCGAUGGAUUUGAUGAAAUCUGUCCUGAUUAUUCAAAUGAAGUUAAAAACUUAUUGUGUACUCUUAAAAAUUCAAAGAUUGCACAUUUGUGGAUAACUUCAAGGCCAUGCAAUAUACUCACACAGUUGGAAUUGGCUCUGGAAACAUUUCCUUUUAGUUUAAGUCCAUUGACUUCGAUGGAGCAAAAAAUAGUUUUACGUAAUAUGUGGUCUAAAAAAUUUGUUCCAGCUGACAGAAUAGAUGAAUUAACUGUAGAUCACUUUUAUGACUAUUGGAUUAAUUGUGGUGGUGUUCUAGAAAACUUCGCAAGUUUACCUUUGCAUUUGUACAUGGUCGCAGAAGUAUUUCAAGACUAUUAUAAGGCAUAUUUAAAUAUGAGUAUAAAAGGGGGCAUGUUCAACGAUGCAACAAAUUUAACUACACUUUAUGAAAAAUUCACGAACAUCAAAUUCUUAGAAAUUAGUUUUGGUGAAAAAAAACGAACAAUGAAUUUGAAGGAUCCACAUAUGAGGCAAAUUAUAGAUAGAGAAUUUAAAUUGUUUGUUAAGAACCACAAAAGAAGUGCUGCUUACUAUCUUCUAGACAAAGAUCUUGCUCUUUCAGAAUAUGAAAUUAAAAAUGUGCGAGGGUUUUUAAACAACAUAAAGUUGAAUGAAGAAAAAUCUGACAUUAUUGAAUGCACUAUCGAUAAUCGUCCUAAGUUCGUUCACUACACUUUUGCAGAAUAUUAUGCUGCUGAACAUAUUUUUGAUAAAUUAAAAUCUCUUGAUAUCACCUGUGUAGCAUAUUUUUUAAAUCAAGUGCUGAUAAAUGACAAAUAUGUGGGCAUCCGUAGGUUUAUUAAUAGUAAACUGCAAAGAAAUAAGGAAAUUGUAACUUACUUAGAAUCUACAGAAGCAUUCAGAAGUAUAGUAUUUAAUACAUUAUCAGCUCAGAACGUUUCCUUUACAAAAACAGCUUUGUCAGUUAAUAUGAAUGAAAAUUUAGAAGGGACCAUCGAAUUUCUAUUAAAUAGUGCUAAAUCGUUUAUAAACGCAGAUAAUUUAUCGGACUUUUUGAAAACAAUUCAAACUAGACGACAUUGUGUGAUCUGUGCUGGAAUUAAAAACCGUAAAGAGACUACAGUGUAUAAUUUCGUGAAGCUUGUAGGAGAUAUUGACACUUAUAAAUUUAAAGACUUAUUAUACUGUUUGAGAACUAUGAAAAGAGGAACAUAUAAACUUAUGCUAGGGAUGAAAGGUGUAAUACGGACUGUAUUGAAACAAGGAAAUUUUGAUCCCGACCUGUUGUUUGCAAUUUUAACCUCGCAUUAUGAAUUUGGCUUUACUACGCCGGCUCAUUCGUUGGGUACAGAUUUAUAUGAAAUUAAAUAUAUAUGGGACAGCUUACCGCAUUUGACUAAAAAACAGUGCUUUAAAAUUUUUAGUAUAAGGGAUCCUGAUGGUCUAACGCCUCUUCACUACGCCGCUUUAAAAAACAAUUAUAAUUUUUUUAAUACAGUUUAUGAGAUCCUGGGCAAAAAAGAGUUUAAAAAAAUUUGUCUAAUGGAAGAUAAUUUGCAAUUUACUGCUGUGUGUAUGUUUUCUUUUGAUGAACAUUACUUUAAUGAGCUUAAGACCCUUCUAGAAAAACUUUACGAGGAAGAUAAUGUAGAUAUUAAAGAUUUCGUUUUUAAUAAAUUACCUAAAUUACACCCUAAAGAUAUUUCCAGUUGUUGGUCUGGCAAUUUAAGGCAUGGAUUGGUGAUUGGUUCUAUAUUAGCAAAGUGGGGCCACAUAAGAGUAAAUCCCGAUUCCUGGCUUUACGAAUAUUCAUCAAAGUCUUCAGUACUACCAAUCGGAGUGCACGCUAUUACUCCAUUCCGUGAGUCAUUUAUAGGUACUCUUGUUCCUUAG